AAUCUUCUGCAGAAGCAUGCCAUUCCAAACAAGCUUGCAUCAAAGAUCUAAAAGCUCCAACACUGUGGUAUCCUACCUUAGUUCCGCACUGGACUUCAAUUUCCUUCUCUCCCUAGCUACCUUUCAAAUAGCAUACGAAACCAUGGUCUCUGAACUAUAAACCCCUCUUCUUUUCCAGUCGAGAGUUCACUAAAUUAAGAUUCCCGCUUCAAGAGUUGGAGGAAAUGGGAAGGAAAUCGUGCUCUUCGACCGAGGAGCUCAAUAGAGGAGCAUGGACUCCACAAGAAGACAGGGUGCUUGUUUCUUACAUAGCAACUCAUGGGGCGGGCAAAUGGAGGUCUCUCCCUAAAAUCACAGGGUUGAAGCGUUGUGGAAAGAGUUGCCGACUUCGAUGGCUCAACUAUCUACGACCUGAUAUCAAGAGAGGAAACAUCUCCAACGAUGAGGAGGAGUUGAUUAUUAGACUCCACAAGCUCCUCGGAAAUAGAUGGUCUCUAAUUGCAGGGCGAUUGCCAGGGCGAACAGACAACGAGAUCAAGAACUAUUGGCACACAACCUUAGUAAAAAAGCUGCAAGGCAACUCAUCUAAGUUCGAGAAACCAUACCCCAAUGUCUCAACUCAAACCAAGUCAAACACUAGCUGUGCAGUAACUGAACUGCCACCGACAGAGACCACCAUCGUGACUCUGCCAACGAAUACCCGGUCGAUCAUGACCCAGACCACCUGUGAUCAGGAUGCUCCUCUAAUGCUUCCAUCGUUGGCCCCCCCAGAGUACUCUAGUUUGGCCAUGGACAUGGUUGCAGAAACAUGGCCUUCUGAUUUAGGUGCUUGGGAAGAGACCAACUUCGAUGGCAUUCCAAUUGCAAAGUUUGGAUUUGAAUCAAAAGGAGGCGAUGGCAUCAGAAAUUAUCAGGAUCUUAAUGAUUUAAUAGCUAAUGAUGGAGCAACGAUCGGCAACUGGGUGGAAGAUGAUGGUCUUCAACCAAGCAACACAUUGACACCCAGCUUUUGGUUCCUGUCCUAG